UGCUAAGUGCGUGUGUCGCGGAGCUGUUGUUAAUUAUUAAUUAUUUAUUAAAAGUGUGAGUGACAAAUUCGAGGACAGCGGAAACCAGAAUAUCAGAGUCGCCAUGGACAUGCAAACACAGCGCCCCAUUACGUCCGGCAGCAGACAGGCCCCGGAUCCGUACGACCAGUACUUGGAGAGCCGCGGGCUCUACCGGAAGCACACUGCCCGGGACGCCUCCAGUUUGUUCCGGGUGAUCGCCGAGCAAAUGUACGAUACCCAGAUGCUGCACUACGAAAUCCGGCUGGAAUGUGUUCGCUUCAUGACCCUAAAACGACGCAUAUUUGAGAAGGACAUUCCGGGCGAUUUUGAUAGCUACAUGCAGGACAUGUCCAAGCCCAAGACCUAUGGCACCAUGACAGAACUGCGCGCAAUGUCCUGCCUGUAUCGACGCAAUGUGAUUCUGUAUGAGCCUUACAACAUGGGAACCAGCGUAAUUUUUAACCGUCGCUAUCCGGAAAACUUUCGGGUCUUCUUCAACAACGAGAAUCACUUUGAUUCGGUCUAUAAAGUGGACUAUAUAGAAACUGCCGCCAUUUGUCAGUCGAUCGCCUUUAAGUUGCUGUAUCAACAGCUGUUCAAACUGCCCGACGUAUCGUUCGCCGUGGAGAUCAUGUUGCAUCCACACUCUUUCGAUUGGGAUAAGUUCGAUGUGCAGUUCAAUGACCAGGGCUAUAUGGUUCGCAUUCAGUGCUCCGACGGUCGCUCUUUUACGCUGGACCUGCCGGAGAAUACCAACUGCAUAUUGGAGAACUUUAUGCUGUGCAAUUUCCAUAGCACCAAUGGCAGUCAAAGCAAUAAUAGUCGAAAGGGAGGCCGAAGGGAAUCGAAACAGCAGGAUGAUCGGAAACUGCAAGGCCACGAACCAAACGACCAACUGCCCAUGUGUCCCAACCGAUUGGAGUCCUGUGUACGCCAACUUCUGGAUGAUGGCAUCACACCGUUUCCCUAUAAAGUGGCCAAGUCCAUGGACCCCUAUAUGUAUCGGAAUAUCGAAUUUGAUUGCUGGAACGAUAUACGCAAGGAGGCCAAACGCUAUAAUGUAUACGUCAAUGACUAUAACUUUAAGGUGGGCGCCAAGUGCAAAGUGGAAUUGGAGCACGAAUCGGAGAUGUACACGUGCUACAUUCAAAGCAUCUCCAAAGACAAGACCUACUGCAUCGUCUUUGCAGAGAUGCUUGGCAAGAAGCUAUGGGUUCCCUACGAGUCGAUGCAUCCGCUGCCUCCAGAAGAGUACCGUCCGUGGGCGUUGCCAUUCCGCUAUCAGCGCCAGAUGAACCGUGUGACGUUGCCCAAGUUCGUCGGCAAAUCAAACAAGAUUUCGAAAUGGAAGAAGAACAAGGUUUUCGAAAUGGGGCAAUACUUCGAGCCCAGCAAGUGUGAUUUGAUGCCAAUGCAAGGCUACAUACCCAUGGAGAAUUGCUAUCAAGAGGUUCACCACCACCAGGAGGAGGAGCAGCGCCAUCAAAGGGAUCCUGAUCAGCAUGACCAGAAUCCGGUCGAGGAGCAGAGGGAACGCGAGGAUCCGCAGAAACAGCAGCAGCAGCGCUCGAAGGGAACGAAGCCUCAGCGGGUGAACUCGAAUUCCAACCAAAACCAGGAGUCUCCGAUUUCAGCUGCUCCGCCGCCCGCUCAAUAUAUGAACUAUUUGCCCCUAUUGGCAGGUCGUCCUGGCCAGCCUCCCCCUGCGUGGCCCUCGUCUCCGCUGGCUCUUUCCGAGGAGUUUCCAUUUCACAUGCCGGGACCACCGCAUCCUCCGCCAGCUGAAGGUUGUGUUUACAUGCCCUUUGGUGGUUAUGGUCCUCCACCACCAGGAGCUCUUGCUUUGCCGGGUCCACACCCAUUCAUGCCUCUUCCUCCACCGCCGCUGAAUGUUCCCGGGGUACCCGAACCACGUCGUUCCCUUCACCUGAACGGUGAGGAUUUGCCAGUCGAUGUGAGCACUUUAAGAUACUUCUACAACAUGGGCGUGGACAUGCAUUGGCGCAUGGCCCACCAAGCGCCGCCCGAGGAUGUAUCGGUAUUUGGAUACAAUCACCAGAACAACACGGACCAACAGCCGGGAAGAAGUGGCGCCGGAGAGGACCAUUUGGCGGCCGAGGCCACACCGCCACCCUCGCCUGAGGCUGGAAGUGCCGCGGAUCAGCCGCCGCUGGAGAAAGCAGCCUUUUCCAAGCGCCAAAUGAAUCCGGGCAAAGCACGUGGUAAACGGCCGGAGCAGCUGCAUGAUCUGAAGGAUCCUCUGGGCCCAGCGGCCUUUUUGCCCACGCCCACACCCUCCCCUAGCACGAGUGGCAGUCAGUUCAGUUUCUACACUUCGCCACCGCCGCAUCAUCUGAUGUCGCCACAGCGUUUGCUCCAACCGCCACCACCACCGAUAUUUUUCCACAAGGCUGGACCGCCUCAAUUACCGGGAACAGCUGCAGGACAGAAUCCCUAUGCCUGGGGCAUGGCAGCUCCUCUGGUGGCCCCCUACGAGGUGAUCAACAACUUUAACAUGGAGCCGCCGGCACAGCCACAGCAACAGCAGGCACCGCCCUUGCCCGUCCAAUCCCAGCCAGCAGCCGUCUAUGCUGCACCGCGUCAUCACUAAAACGGGGAAACAAUAAGAUCACUUCGAAGAGAGAGGCCAUUCCCUCGAGUGCAUUCCAUUCCAAUCAACGACUUUUAAAAUUUAAUCUCACUUUUAAAUUUGUAGUCAACUUUUUAUAAGCCACCUGCUCGGUGUCGCUCCUCCAUUUACCAUUCAGCUUCUGUACAACUAUCGAUUGCAUAAUUUAACGCAAAUGUCAACUAAACUUCAUUUUAAUCUUGUAAUUUAACGUAAUUUUAUGCGAUUUUUUUAACACUUGCACCAAAGUCGGUGAAGGUAGCCUGCAAGAAAACAAAGAACAACCUAUUUAUAUGAUUUAUUUAAAAACCUUAAAACUAACACUUACUCUAUAUAUACUCCUAUAUAUUUAUAUACUCGCUGUUCGGCUAGAGACUCACCCGUGUAAAGUGUACCAGAAAAUUAACCAUAAAUAAAACAAGAUCCGAUUGUAACGCAAAAG